UAUGCAUCUGGUAAUUGCUUUGGUGCCAAUUCAUUGGCCACGGAACUCUAUAUGCCAAGAUCCCCUUUUGGCUGUAUAAUGAAUCUACCCGCCGCAGAACCUGGGCGUAAACGCAUGCCACAGCUACGGCUGCGUAGAGUAAAAAUUAUCGAAUUAUAGGGAGGAAAAUUUGGUUUCUUUAUAAGAGCAGCGCGAAAAGACGAGGAAUAAUUGCUAGUGUGGUGUAGGAUUAAUGCACCAUUUUCGGAGUCCGACAACGCCGACCCUUUAAGGAUUGUCUAGGUGAGACCACAUCGUUGGUGACAGAACAGGUUCAAUAGUGAAGCACUGCAAUGAAUACAUGCCCGGUGGAAAGUCUAUAAAUGAGAGCGUAUACGCCUCCCUAACACUUUGCGAGAUCAAAUGAUGGGAUAUCGCAACUCUCCUGAUCAAGCGAUUCACUGAUCAACACAAUGGUUUCUGUCAAGCUCCUCACUUGCGCGCUUCUUUCCAGCGUAGUAGUCGCGCAAAAUGUGACUCUUCGUUACAUGCCAUUCGGUGAUUCUAUCACAGAAAUCAUCUGCUGGCGUGCCAUGCUAUGGGAGAAGUUUCAAAGCACUGAGUUCGCUUCUGUGAACUGGGUUGGCUCGGGAAAGACCGAGAACAAUUGCGGCAAUUCAAGAUAUGAUCGCGACAAUGAAGGCCAUUCGGGUUUCCUCGCUAUCAACAUCGCCAACAACAAGCAGCUGGUCGGCUGGCUUCAGAGAAAUCCGGCCGAUGUGAUCACGAUGCACCUCGGCACGAACGAUAUCGUUCAGCAGAACAAGCCAGUCAAUCAGAUCAUCGCCGCUUUCACGACACUGGUCGACGUAAUGAGGGCUAGUAACCCAAACAUGAAGAUCAUUGUUGCACAAAUCAUUCCAAUGGGCUUGGGCAGUUACAAUACUGCUAUCCAAAACCUGAACAAGGCCAUCCCGACGUGGGCUCAGGGUCUCAACAAGACGGAAUCACCGAUCUGGAUCGUAGAUCAGUACACUGGGUUCAGUUCCAGCGAUCUUCGCGAUGGCGUCCACCCCAACCAGUCGGGCGAUACCAAGAUGGCCAAUAUUUGGUACCCCGCGCUUUUGCAUGCGUUUCAAGUUGCGAAGGCCGACAAAUUGGCUGCUGCUGCUAAGAAGAUCGAAAUGCCGUUUACCAGUUAACAAGUGGUAAUUGCGUGUAUGAAGGGGCAUUCCCUGAUUAGUUAGCAGAGGGAUCUUGGUCUUGCCAUAGUAAAAUUGAAUCGGAUAUAUUUGCUACCGAG